AUGGCAGAUGAGGCUGAACUCUUGGACUAUGAGGACGAAGAGCAAGAGACCGUUCAAGAACCAAGGCCCAACGGAGAGGCACCUGCUAAGAAAGGUGUAAAGGGUGCUUAUGUCACCAUCCACAGUUCGGGUUUCCGUGACUUCAUCCUGAAACCAGAGUUGUUGAGAGCCAUCGUUGACUGUGGCUUUGAACAUCCAUCAGAAGUCCAGCAUGAAUGUAUUCCCCAGGCGAUUUUAAGUAUGGACGUUUUAUGCCAGGCAAAAUCCGGUAUGGGAAAGACUGCAGUGUUCGUAAUUGCCACACUACAACAACUCGAUCCUGAAGGAGAAGCCAACACAACUGUCUUGGUCCUUUGUCACACAAGAGAACUUGCCUUCCAAAUAAGUAAAGAAUAUGAACGCUUUUCCAAAUACAUGCCUAAAAUCAAAGUAGGGGUAUUCUUUGGUGGGAUGCCUAUACGCAAGGACAUCGAAACCUUGACGAAAUCUCCAGUUCACAUCGUUGUCGGAACUCCCGGUCGUAUUUUGGAUCUUGUGAGAAGCAAAACACUGAAGCUGCAAAACGUGAAACAUUUCAUCAUUGACGAGUGCGACAAGAUGCUGGAUACGCUCGAUAUGCGCCGUGAUGUACAAGAGAUAUUCCGCAUGACUCCGCACCAAAAACAAGUUAUGAUGUUCAGUGCAACAAUGAGCAAAGAAAUCCGUCCUGUAUGCAGAAACUUUAUGCAAGACCCGUUAGAAAUCUUUAUCGAAAAUGACUCCAAGUUGACCCUGCACGGCCUCCGGCAACACUAUGUUAAGGUCAAGGAGAACGAGAAGAACAGGAAAUUGUUCGAGCUCCUUGAUGAGCUACAGUUCAACCAGGUGAUUAUCUUUGUCAAGUCAGUGCAACGGUGCAUGGCACUAGCUCAGUUAUUGGUAGACCAGAACUUCCCUGCUAUUGCGAUGCAUCGGAAUAUGGCACAAGAAGAGCGUUUGGAACGUUAUCAAGCCUUCAAAAAUUUCCAGAAACGACUGCUGGUUGCAACUAAUCUCUUUGGUCGGGGUAUGGAUAUUGAACGUGUCAACAUAGUCUUCAACUACGACAUGCCAGAGGACUCCGAUACAUACUUACAUCGAGUUGCGCGAGCCGGUCGAUUCGGAACCAAAGGAUUGGCUAUAACAUUUAUAUCAGAUGAGCUGGAUGCAAAAGUUCUCAAUGAAGUACAAAACCGUUUUGAAGUCAAUAUUAGCGAGCUUCCAGAUGUUAUGGAAAUAUCCAGUUAUAUGGAAGAUCGCUGA